AUGAAGCAAGUUAAAUUCGUCCCACACCAAACUCAAUGGACCGAUGAAGAGUUUCAAGCUAUGGUUGAAGGUGUUGAGAACGACAUAGACGGCGAACUUGAAGGAGCUCAAACCACAAUUGCAACCAAAAUUGCACAAGUCAAGGAACAGAUAGCUCCACUUAAAGCUACCAAAGCUACUCUUGACCUCAUGGAUAGUUACCGUUUAGAUGUCAAGAGUGGAAUAAGACAAUUAAAAUUAAAACUCUUAAAUUACGAAGCUAUACUCCAGAAGUUAGCAGAAAUGAGAAGACUUUACCAGAGCUACUUACAUGUAAGGGACUUACCUUCAAGCAGUCCGACCAAAGAUGAAUUUUCUGACAUUGUCCCAAUUUUGUCCGAAAGUCAGCUCAGAUGUUUUGAACUGCUCCCAACAUAUCCAGAAUAUGAACGUUUGCCUGAACUCUUCCGCAAUCUCAAAAAAC